GGCGCGGGCUCGGGCUCGGCGGCGGGCGGCGGGCAGAGUGAGGCGGGCUCCCACUCCGGUGUGGCGAUGAGCUCCGAGCGGUCAGCGCCGGCCGGCUCUCCUGCUCCUCCCUGUUCCGAGCCCGAAGGUGGGGCGGCUGACUAUCGUGACUGGGUGCGGCGUAGCUACCUGGAGCUGGUGUCCUCUAACCAUCACUCGGUGCAGGCGCUAUCCUGGAGGAAGCUCUACCUCAGCCGGGCCAAGCUAAAGGCGUCGAGCCGGACCUCAGCGCUGCUAUCCGGCUUCGCCAUGGUGGCCAUGGUUGAAGUUCAGUUGGAGAUGGACUACACCUAUCCCAAGUUCCUGCUCAUUGCUUUCAGUGCCUGCACGACAGUGUUGGUUGCUGUCCACCUCUUCGCUCUCUUGAUCAGCACUUGUAUUCUCCCUAAUGUUGAAGCAGUCAGCAACAUACACAAUCUCAACUCUGUCAAUGAGUCACCCCACGAGCGUAUGCAUUACUAUAUUGAGCUGGCCUGGGGCUUCUCAACAGCUCUAGGCAUCAUCCUGUUCCUCAUGGAGGUGGUGUUGCUUUGUUGGAUUAAGUUCCUACCAGUUGACAGUAAUCGGAGGAAGAACAACGAGAAUGUUGUAGCCAAGUCUGGAGAAAGACACACUGGACGAGAUGCAGCUUUGACAUCCACCAUUAUCAUGGCACCAGUGGGCCUUAUUUUUGUGAUAUUUACCAUCCAUUUUUACCGAUCACUAGUAGGUCACAAAACAGAGCGUCACAAUCAGGAAAUUGAGGAACUGCACAAGCUGAAAGUACAGUUGGAUGGACAUGACCGGACCCUGCAAGUGGUUUGAAAAAUUAACAAGGAAGAAAAUAAAUUAAUUGGUCAGAAUCAUUCUGAAAUUCCAAGCUUCUGCAGCCCAUUACAAAUAUCAAAUGGGCUCUCCUGUCAUUUACAGGAAUUCAAGUUUACAAAUAUGGCUUUUACGUGGCUUUGUGAUUUUACAGUAUUUUCUGCAUUGUCUUAAAAGAAAGCAGUCUUUCUGUUUGAUCCAGAAUCCGGGUGUAGGCUGGAAAUCAUAUGGAUGUACUGAACUGGUUCAGGUUGCACUGAUGCCAUACCAGUGAGCAGCAAAUUGUCACUGUCAAAAGUUUAUUGCAGGGUUGAACUCUUCAGAGGCACCUGUCCAGAUUAAACUGGACAACCAGAACAUAAACUAAUUCCGAUUUUUGUCCAGUUACUUUGUUGUACAGUGCAGUUUGCUUAACCUGCUGGUACAAAGGGUGAAGGGCUGAUCAGACCAAUAUUGAAAAACUAUAUUGGAUCAGAAGAUAGAAAUUGUUGAAUUUAAGCAGGAUUGGUGCUUGCCAUUGUUCUGCGUGGUCACAGUUUACUUCAUAUCCCUCUGCUCAAUACUGUUGCUAACCAACAGCUUAUUGUCCUACCAGAUCCAAAUUGGAGUUAACCCUGCGCCUAUUGAUUAUGAAAGUAUAAAAGUCUUCAGAACGUGUAGCAUUGCUGUUUUGGGAUGAUCCCACAUGUGGCAUUUCAUUCUGUAUAGUCACAUUGACACUCCAGUACAAGUACCAUCAUUUUAGUAAUAAGAGAUUAAAAUCCUGAUCUGUGUAACCCCAUUUAAUGUAAUGCCCCACAUCCCAAUGAGUAUUGUACAAUUUCUUUUGACCUCAGCUGAUGUUGCUUUAAACAAGUUAGAUGUACUCUGCUGUCAGUUUUUUAGACUUGGUAAGGGAGAACUUGUGCAAAGAGGAAGAGAUUUUUUUUUAAUCAAUUUCAAGUCAUGCAUGCCUUUGUUCUAUCUGGACAGCAUGAUUUAUCAUUUCCUCAAUUCUUCCUCAGUUUUUAGCCACAUAAGUGUCCUGCUCUGGAAUUGGCUUCCUUCUCUUACAGUUUCAGUACUUUAAUUUACCAAAUCUUAAUAAUGGGACAAUUAUUUGUCAUAAUGUCAUUAAGAUGCUGAAUUUCAGCUAGCUCUUAAAAUGUCAGCUAAUAAAAAAAGUAAAAACUUCUUGCUUGGGAUCUGGAGCAAACGUGAUCUUAACUGAGCCAAUUCUGAUAAUGAAAUGCAAAACAUGGAAUUUUAUUACUGGACACUGGAAAGGAACAGCAGAAAGUGAUUAUGAAGACUGGUGUUUUAAUACCUAAUUAUGUUCACCUUUAUGUUUUGGAGAAUUCUGUGUUGAAAAUGUGUAAUUCCUGAUGAAGUUUUUAGGCUUGAGAAUGGUGUUCCUCCUGCAUUGCCUUCAGGUAUUUAUUGGUGUGAAGGAGACUUUGCUAUAUUACAACCAUAAAUGGUGAGGGGACUAAGAAUUUACUGGUGAGUGAACAGAUUGGUUUCAGGAAUUAUAAAAUACAGAUUUUGAGGGCUGCCAAUUUAGUCAAAUUUACAUCUGCUACACAGUGACAGUAACAGCAAGACGUGAUUCUAACAAGUCCAGCACAGAUGGAAGCUCAGUGUCAGACUGGACUCGAGCAAGGUAGUGUCAUUGCACCAAAACUCUUCAUCUUCCUCACAAUGUUACGGCAUCUCUCCUUUAACCAGCUUUACACUGGAGUGGAAUGAAUGAAUGAAUGCCUUCAGAACCUCUAUCAUCCCAACUGCAGUCAUCUGUUUACACUAUACAGGCAGCCAUUGCGUACAUGCACACUCAAAAACUGCAAUCCAAGGCUUGGCUGACUGAUAAUCGAAGUCCCUAUACAUAUGAAAGAAUGGGUCUUAUACUGACCAACUAGAAGACAAAGGUUAUCUAGCAACCUGCACUAUAUUGCUCCCAACAUUCAGACUCCAUUGUAGGAUCUAGAAAAUAUGGAUCAUGCUUGUCUUAUCCUGGAGAUGGAGCUCCUGGCCAAUCAAAUCCCUCUCUUUGUUUUGGAGACAUGAAAAACCGCAAAGCACAGGAAAAUUUCCACCCGUACCAUGAAAUUUCAGUGCCAGGGAUGAGAGAGCACACUGACAUUGUUAACUUACCUUGUCAAUGGAUUUUGCAGACAGAGUAAAUCAUUCUCAGCACCCUCUCUCAAACAACCCAGAUAUGAAACUUUGAUCAUGUUCCCCAGCUCUGCUGCAUUCUGCUUGCCUGACACCAGACUCUUGAAAGAAGCACCCUACUCCGUUGCAAGAGAUUGUCAGGAGUACUGUACAGGGAAACCUCUUCAGAGGCAUUCUCGAAGCCUCCUGGGAGGAGUGUAACAUUGUCAGUGAGUCGUU